GCCUCAUCCCCCCCCCUCCCGUGCACUUGGUGGCGUGCCAACCACCCCUCCACGAAGCCUCUCCCCUUGGUAACGGUUCAGGUUGAGGUUGAGGUAUCAGGUCUGGUAAUUGGCUCCUGUGGAGGGAGUGGGAGGCGCUGCACCAUGGCUCAUCUCAUGGCAUCUCACCAUCACCUCGCUCGUUCCCUUGCAUGCACACUUUGAUUCAAUUAGCUCGUUCCCAGUAAUGGCGGCACUUGGUGGGCGGCGGGCGUGUCGUCCUGGAUGCGACUCAAGUCCCAAGUCAACGAGCAAGGGCCCCCUCAUUGAGGCGCGCUGGCGGGGUGAAUGUGCCUGCCAACAGCACUGGCAGGCGCCUGCUAUCCCCAAACCUCCAGACUGCCUGCCCGGACAACGCCUGGACAACGCCUGGACAACACCUGGACAACACCUGGACAACACCUGGACAACACCUGGACAACACCUGGACAACGCCUGGACAACACCUGGACAACACCUGGACAACACCUGGACAACACCUGGACAGCCACUGGACAACACCUGGACAACACCUGGACAACACCUGGACAACACCUGGACAACACCUGGACAACACCUGGACAACACCUGGACAACACCUGGACAACACCUGGACAACACCUGGACAACGCCUGGACAACGCCUGGACAACGCCUGGACAACACCUGGACAACACCUGGACUGGACAACACCUGGAAAACACCUGGACAACACCUGGACAACACCUGGACAACGCCUGGACAACACCUGGACAACACCUGGACAACACCUGGACAACACCUGGACAACACCUGGACAACGCCUGGACAACACCUGGACAACACCUGGACAACACCUGGACAACACCUGGACAACACCUGGACAACACCUGGACAACGCCUGGACAACGCCUGGACAACGCCUGGACAACACCUGGACAACACCUGGACUGGACAACACCUGGAAAACACCUGGACAACACCUGGACAACACCUGGACAACGCCUGGACAACACCUGGACAACGCCUGGACAACACCUGGACAACACCUGGACUGGACAACACCUGGAAAACACCUGGACAACACCUGGACAACACCUGGACAACGCCUGGACAACACCUGGACAACACCUGGACAACGCCUAGACAACACCUGGACAACACCUGGACAACACCUGGACAACGCCUGGACAACGCCUGGACAACACCUGGACAACGCCUGGACAACACCUGGACAACGCCUGGACAACACCUGGACAACACCUGGACAACACCUGGACAACGCCUAGACAGCCUCUGGAGGCUUGAAGUGCUGCCGCCGUCAGCCCAUUUCGCCCCAUCUUUAAGACCAAGGUGGCUGGCGCAGUGGUGGUUGGUAGUGGCAAUGGUGGUGGGAGUGCCAUGGGCGGUUGGCAGUGGCAGUGUCGUGUGGAGGGGCCAUGCAUGAGUUUGAGGGGAGACCCUUGAGGUUGUCUGAGAACUUGAACCCGGGCCGGACCGGGGCUGGUUGUGGCGGUGCACCACUGGCUGGCCAGCAGUGGUGUCACCAGGCGGGGGGAGAGGGCCCAACCAGCCCCUUAGAAGGGCACCCGGAUGUCUUGGGACCAGCAACUCUGACGGUAUUUUUUUGGCCAACCCUUAAUUUUCAGGGUUGGGUUUUUUUGAACCCUAACCUCUUCAGGGUUGUAUGUCUGU